AUGGGGAGAAUGAGGAGAACGAGGAGAAUGAAGGGAACGAGGAGAACGAGGAGAAUGAGGAGAAUGAAGGGAACGAGGAGAAUGAGGAGAAUGGGGAGAACGAGGAGAAUGAGGAGAAUGGGGAGAAUGAGGAGAACGAGGAGAAUGAGGAGAAUGAGGAGAACGAGGAGAAUGAGGAGAAUGAGGAGAAUGAGGAGAACGAGGAGAAUGAGGAGAAUGAGGAGAAUGAGGAGAAUGAGGAGAACAAGGAGAAUGAGGAGAAUGAGGAGAAUGAGGAGAACAAGGAGAAUGAGGAGAAUUGGGAGAAUGAGGAGAACGAGGAGAAUGAGGAGAAUGGGGAGAAUGAGGAGAACGAGGAGAAUGAGGAGAAUGGGGAGAAUGAGGAGAACGAGGAGAAUGAGGAGAAUGGGGAGAAUGAGGAGAAUGAGGAGAACGAGGAGAAUGAGGAGAAUGGGGAGAAUGAGGAGAAUGAGGAGAACGAGGAGAAUGAGGAGAAUGAGGAGAACGAGGAGAAUGAGGAGAAUGAGGAGAACGAGGAGAAUGAGGAGAAUGAGGAGAAUGAGGAGAACGAGGGAGAAUGAGGAGAAUGAGGAGAAUGAGGAGAACGGGGAGAAUGAGGAGAAUGAGGAGAACGAGGAGAACGAGGAGAAUGAGGAGAACGAGGAGAACGAGAAGAACGAGGAGAAUGAGGAGAAUGAGGAGAACAAGGAGAAUGAGGAGAAUGAGGAGAACAAGGAGAAUGAGGAGAAUGAGGAGAAUGAGGAGAACGAGGAGAAUGAGGAAAAUGGGGAGAAUGAGGAGAAUGAGGAGAACGAGGAGAAUGAGGAGAAUGAGGAGAACGAGGAGAAUGAGGAGAAUGAGGAGAAUGAGGAGAACAAGGAGAAUGAGGAGAAUGAGGAGAACGAGGAGAAUGAGGAGAAUGGGGAGAAUGAGGAGAACGAGGAGAAUGAGGAGAAUGAGGAGAACGAGGAGAAUGAGGAGAAUGAGGAGAAUGAGGAGAAUGAGGAGAACGAGGAGAAUGAGGAGAAUGAGGAGAACAAGGAGAAUGAGGAAAAUGGGGAGAAUGAGGAGAAUGAGGAGAACGAGGAGAAUUAG